AUGUCUGCUCCAGCCAGGCGCCUCGCGGCUCGACUGCCGAACCGCGAACAGCAGGAGAUCGUGAAAUCGAUUUUGCAGCCGGCGCUCUCCAUCUCAACAUCCUCCCCCUCUCCUUCCUCGCGUCCGAUCACCAGAUCUGUCGAUCUACAACCCGCAGAUCCGCAUCUCUACGGAUCCAUCGUCGAUUCGAGUCCGGCCUGCGAUUUAUCCGAGCAGCCCGCCGUGUUUCCCGGCGGAUCUGACGCUGAGUCGCGCGGGUACGAGAUUCUAAGCCGAGAUCCGCCAUAUCCUUUCGCGGUUUCAGGAGGAGGGCAGCAGCAACACCAUCAGGAGCGGCAGCAAGAUCACGCGCUUCCACCGCCGCAGUCCACGCUAUCUCAAACCCAAUCGCGUCCUCCUUCACACCUCCUCUCACUCUCUCCCUUUCCUCGCAUCGAUUCCCGCGAUCGCCCAUGGGGAUUGCUGGCUCAGCGCGGCGCGUCUGCCGCAUUCCACGCCGCAACGGCCGCCGGCAGCCCCUGGCCACUCCCCGUUCGACACCUGGCACUUGCCAGCGGCGUGCUUGCGGAAGGUCCGGAUACCUGGGAGGGCACCGGGGGUCAGCGCAAGGGGCCCGGGCGGGGAGGGGACGGGGUUGAGGGUUUCGGGGAUUUCGGCGGGGCGGGGGAAGGCGGAAGGAGAAGGGGGGAAGGAGGAUCUCGUGGCGGAAGGGGCGGCGGAGGUGGCGGCGAGGGUUUCCGGGGGAAACCUAGGGGCGGCAGGGGCCAUGAGAACAGAAGCGCCAGCGCCACUUCUCCGCAGUUGGGGGGGGCGAAAUCCUGGGGAUCCCGCGCUCAAGUUGCGCCCCGAGGCGCUAGAUCGUCGCAUCCGCUAAAGGCGGCGCCAGAUCCUGGGCCGCGGGAGGUGCAGCUGCCGGCCGGGCGAAUCACGAUUCGCCAGCUGGCAGUGCGGCUGGGGAAGCGGAUGGAGGAAGUCCGCACGUGUCUGGCGGCGCUUGGGGAGGAGGGGAAGGGGGCGGAGGGGGAUGGGGGCGGGGGGAGUGGGCGCGCGGGAGCGGAUGCUAUGGUGUCCGCGGAUGCUGCGGAGCUAGUUGCGCUGGAAUUCGGCUUCACAGUCUCCGGGGGGCGGGACCUGCGCGCGGAGGAGGAGGGCGCGGGGGGCGCGGAGGGCGCGGAGGCGGAGGCGGAGGCGCGGAAGGCGUGGCCGUGGCGCGCGCCAGUGGUGGCUGUGAUGGGCCACGUGGAUCACGGCAAGACGUCCCUGCUGGACGCGCUCCGGCAGACCUCUGUGGCGGAAUCCGAGGCGGGGGGGAUUACCCAGCACAUAGGCGCGUUCAAGGUGCAGAUGCCGUCAGGAGCAGCACUAACCUUCCUGGACACGCCGGGGCACGCGGCGUUUGCAGCAAUGAGGGCGAGGGGCGCAGCAGUGACGGAUAUCGUGGUGCUGGUGGUGGCGGCAGACGAUGGGGUGAUGCCGCAGACCAUAGAGAGCAUUCAGCACGCCAGGAGCGCAGGAGCGCAGGUGGGUUUCUGGUGGGUCAGGAGCGCAGGUGUCCCCCUAGUGGUGGCGAUAAUCAAGUGCGACGAGGGAGCAGACCCGGACCGAGUGAGCAUUUCUUCUGACUUCCCUCCCCCCGCACCCCCCUCCCCUUCCCCCCACCUCUCUCUCCCCUUUCUCCCCUUCCUCCUCCCAGGUGUCCCCAUGGUGGUGGCGAUAACCAAGUGCGACAAGGAGGGGGCAGACCCGGACCGAGUGACCCAGCAACUCAUCUCAGAAGGCCUUGAACUCGAAGAGAUAGGAGGAGACGUGCAGGUGGUGAGACUGUCUGCUCGCACACGCUCCGGGCUCGAAACCCUAGAAGAAGCAGUUGCUUUACAGGCUGAGUUGAUGGAUCUAAGAGGCAGGGAGGCUGGGGAGGUGGAGGGGGUGGUGAUUGAAGCGAGGAUGGCGCGAGGGAAGGGGCCGCUGGCGAGCGUGAUUGUAAAGGGCGGGAGGUUAAGGAGCGGGAUGUAUGUGGUGGUGGGGAAGUGGUGGGGGCGGGUGAGGAGUCUGAAGGGGUGCCGGGGGGAGAGCUUAAAGGAGGCAGGGCCGUCCACACCGGUGGAGAUUGAUGGGCUGAAGGGCGUACCUGAGGCGGGUGAUUCACUCAUGGAGGUGGCAUCUGAGGCGAGAGCGAGGCGGAUCAGUGAGGCUAGGCAGGAGGCAGCGGAUAGGCAGAGGCUGCUGCAGCAGCAGAAGGCUGCUAGUGCGUUACAGGAGCAGCAGGCAGGGCCAGGAGCAGGGGAGGUGCAGGCUGGGAGGGGGUCUGCAGGCGUCACAGCCGAUUCAGCAGCAGCAGCAGCAGCAGGAGGAGGAGGAGGAGGAGGAGGAGGAGGAGGAGCAGGAGCAGUAACGGCAUUGGGAGAGCAGGAGCAAGCAGAUGACGCAGCAGCAGCCACGCCCACGCAGAAAGAAGUAGUUCUAGUGCUGAAAGGAGACGUGCAGGGGUCGGUGGAAGCAGUGGGGAGCGCGCUGGAGCACAUGGGGUGUGAGAGGGUGCGGGUGCGAGUGGUGCAUGCGGAGGUGGGGGCGAUCACGCAGUCAGAUAUAGACAUGGCGGAGGCCACUGGUGCCGCUGCCAUUGUGGGUUUCAAUGUCCGGUGUAUGGGUGCUGCUGUGGACGCUGCUGCGAAACAGGCUGAUGUACCGAUUCGUCUGCACCGAGUGAUCUACCACCUGUUGGAGGACAUUGGAGGGUUGGUGGUGCAGCAGGCGCCCACAGUGCGGUGCAGUGUGGUGACAGGGCAGGCACAGGUGCUGCAGCUCUUUCCCCUCAAGGGCAAGUCCAACCGCCGCUCCUCGUCCUCCUCUGCCUCCUCGGCCUCGUCGCAGUCUAAUUCCAGCAGUGGUGGAGGGGGGAGUGGGAAGAGGGAAGGUGCUGGUGGUGCGGAUGAGAGUGCAGCUGAGAUGAUUGCUGGGUGUAAGGUCACGGAAGGGAAAUUCCAACGGGGCGCGAAGCUGCGGGUGUUGAGAUCGGGAGAGGUGGUUCAUGAAGGGCUGUGCGCGUCUUUGAGGAGGGAGAGGGUGGAUGUGGAUGCGGUGAAUGCGGGGGUGGAGUGUGGAGUGGUGGUGCGCGGUUGGGGAGGGUUCCGGGUGGGUGAUGUGUUGCAGGUUAUUGGGGAGAGGGAGGAGGGGCCGAGGUUGGUUUCGAUGCGGGGAGGGGGGAUGAGGAUUGAAUACCCGGAGGAAGAGGAUUAG